UCAUUUGUAUGUGAUAUUUUAUACAAUAACAACCAAAAUGGAAACAAAGUUAUUGAUUUUAAGCGUUUUAUCUAUAUUUACCAUAGUAAGUUCCAACGAUAUAAGACUGGGAUAUACUGCGGCAUCUUCCAAACAAAUUUACAGUGAAAUAAAGGAAGCUGAUCCUGCAUUGUGGAAGAGGACAGAUGACAUAAUUGUGAACGCACCACAUAAUGAAAUUAUUAGUGCUGUCUUUGUCACUGAUCUAAGGGAUGAUAAGGAUGGAGAAGCGUAUAUAGAAAGUGGUGGAGUUGGUGGGAAAAGUGUAACAAUUGGUCUAAAGAGUCCCAGUAUCUUGAGAGGUUAUAAAUUUGAAAUUGAAGUCUAUACGAAUGAUCCUAAUGCAAGAUUAUACAGCAAAGGUGGUGGUUAUGCACCCUAUAGUGGCAAUGUUGAAUAUUAUCCUAGGAAAUAUUGAUAAGUAUUGAUAAGAUUGUAUUUAUUUUACAUUAAAGGCAUUGUAUUUG